AUGUGGCCUAUGAAGAAUAUAUGGUUAAAGCUUAAGUUGCUUAAACCUUUGUUGAAGCAGCUGAACAAUGCAGAAUUCAAGAGUAUUUCUCAAAAAAUUGUCCUACCUCGAGAGGAACUGCAACUAAGUUGGGAAAUGAUAAAUGCUCAAUGUACUGACCAGCUCUUGGGAAAAGAGAAAAGAAUCUUGCUUGAUUUAGAGAAAUGGUCACUUGUGGAAGAAAGUUCUCUUACGCAAAAAGCUUGUGCAAAAUGGAUAAAAUUUGGGGAUGCCAAUACCAAGUAUUUUUUAGCUUUGGUUAAGGAAAGAACACAAAAGAAGCAGAAAUUACAUCCUACAUCCCUUACUGGUGCACAACUGACUGAUCCUCUAGAUAUAAAGGAGGAAAAUAUUUCUUUCUAUAAAUCCCUUAUGGGUACAACUUCCCCUUCAAUCCCAGCAGUUAACAGACUCAUAAUGAUGAAAGGUCCAACCCUCUCUCAACAACAAAGAAGGGAGUUAUGUGAUGAUAUUACUGACCAAGAUAAAGCCUAUGAUUCAGUAGAACAACCCUAUUUGAAGCAGGUUAUAAGUGAAUUGGGGUUCCCUGACAGUUUUAUCUCUUGGAUAAUGGAAUGUGUACGAAUUGUGAAUUAUACUGUGAUGGUAAAUGGGGAAACUACAAAGCCAUUUGAUGCUGCUAAGGGAUUGAGACAGGGUGACCCCAUUUCUCCUUAUCUAUUUUCAAUGGCUAUGGAAUAUUUGAGCAGGAAGCUACAUGAACUUAGGGACGACAAAUCCUUUAACUUCCACCCCAAAUGUGCCAAAUUAAAGAUCGCCCAUCUGAGCUUUGCAGAUGAUUUAUUGUUAUUUUCUAGAGGUGACCUGAAGUCAGUUAAUGCACUUCACCAAGCUUUUAAACAGUUCUUAGAAGCUUCAGGGUUACAAGCCUAUCUACACAAAAGCUCUAUCUAG